UCCAUCUGUAUAUAUUGCAUCUUUCCCCCGCCAGCCCCCGGCCUCCUCUGGCACACAGGAGGGCAAUCCGUGCAUGCGCCAGCUGUCGAGUGUGUUGCGCGCCAAUUGCUGCUCUUCUUUCCGCAAACCCUUUCUUCGUGCCCCGCCCGGUCGUGUUUAUCCCACCCAGAGCUUUGCGACAACACCUGCCCACCGCCGGUUCCAGCUCCCCAGGCAGAAGAGGGAGGCCGCCAUGGCGCACGACAUGACCACGCUCAAGGGCAAGCCCUUUGACAGGGCCUCGCUCGAGUCUCUCAUGAGACGCCGCAUGUUCUACACCCCCGCCUUCGAAAUCUACGGCGGCGUGUCCGGUCUGUACGAUUACGGGCCGUCGGGCUGUGCCUUGACCAACAACAUUAUCGAUGUCUGGAGGAAACACUUUGUCCUCAAGGAGAACAUGCUUGAAGUGGACUGCACGAUGCUCACCCCGUACGACGUCCUCAAGACCUCCGGCCACGUAGACAAGUUCGCCGACUGGAUGUGCAAGGACCCCAAGACGGGCGAAAUCUUCCGCGCAGACCACUUGGUCGAGGAGGUACUUGAAUCGAGAUUGAAGGGCGACAAGGAAGCCCGAGGCCAGAAGGUGGAUGUGGACGAGGAGGACCCGAAGAAGAAAAAGAAGAAGGUCAAGAGCAUCACCGCAGUCAAGCUGGAAGACGCCGUUGCACAGGAAUACGAGGAGGUGCUGGCGAAGAUUGACAACUACAACGGCGAAGAGCUCGGCCUGCUCAUGAAAAAGUACGACAUCAGGAACCCAGCGAACAAUAGCGAGCUGCUUCCGCCAGUGUCGUUCAACUUGAUGUUCCAGACCGCAAUUGGUCCGUCCGGACACAUUCCUGGCUACUUGCGUCCCGAAACCGCUCAAGGCCAGUUUCUGAAUUUCCAGAAGCUGCUGGACUUCAACCAGCAGCAAAUGCCCUUUGCUUCCGCCUCCAUUGGCAAGUCCUUUCGAAACGAGAUCUCCCCGCGCUCUGGUCUGUUGCGGGUCCGAGAAUUCUUGAUGGCCGAAAUCGAACACUUCGUGGAUCCCGAGGGCGGCAAAAAGCACCCUCAUUUUGACGAGGUCAAGGAUGUUGAGCUUGAACUCCUCAACCGAGAGGUUCAGCUCGCCGGCAAGACUCAUGCCGAGACGACUAAAAUAGGUGAGGCUGUCAAAAUCGGCCUCGUCGAUAACGAAACGCUCGGAUAUUUCCUUGCGCGCAUCCAGCUAUUCCUACUCAAGAUAGGCGUUGAUCCCAAGAAGAUCAGAUUUAGGCAACACAUGGCGAAUGAGAUGGCGCAUUAUGCAACCGACUGUUGGGAUGCGGAACUCUUGACGUCCUACGGCUGGAUCGAAUGUGUCGGAUGCGCAGAUCGCUCGGCAUACGAUCUCACCGUCCACAUGAAGAGGACUGGUGCGCCUCUCGUAGUGCGAGAACCGAGGAAAGAGCCACUCAAGGUCGAGGAGUGGCAGUGUGAUAUCGACAAGAAGAAAUUCGGACCCAAGUUCAAGAAGGACGGCAAAGCAGUAGAGGCCGCUAUCGAGGCCCUUUCGCAAGACAUGCGAGAGAAGCUUUCUUUGGAUCUCGCGAGCGAGGGGAAAAUUACUAUUGAUGUCCCGGCUGUCGGUGAUGGCAAGGUCGAAGUGCCGAAGGAGCUGAUCUCUAUUGAGAAGCGGACACGGGUGGAGAACGUGAGGGAGUACACACCGAACGUCAUUGAGCCAUCAUUUGGUAUUGGCCGUAUCGUCUACGCUCUUUGCGAACACACGUACUGGACGCGUGAACAAGACGAAGCACGUGGUGUCCUUUCGUUCCCCCCAACUGUCGCCCCAACAAAGGUCCUCAUCGUACCACUGAGCUCCCACGCCGACUUCAAGCCGUUCGUACGGAAGCUGAACAACAAGCUUCAAGAUAUCGGCAUCAGCAGCCGGGUGGACGACUCCGGUGCUUCGAUUGGCAAGCGCUACUCGCGUAACGAUGAGCUGGGUACGCCCUUGGGCAUUACAAUCGACUUCCAAUCCGUCAAGGAUGAUAGCUUCACCCUGCGGGACCGAGACUCGACGCAGCAAGUCCGGUCCAGCCUGGACGAGAUCUGCAAAGCCAUUUCCAAUCUUGUCAACGGCACCGAGCAGUGGUCUGAUGUCGCGCAGCGGCUGCCCAAAUUCGAGGGUCAGGAGGUUGACUAAAUGUGUGGUCUCCGCGAGGGUUUCAAACAUGUUUCCACGGAUACAGGAAAUAGACGGGCGAAGCGGCGGGAUGGAGUACGCAUUACAAUUUCUGGACAUGUAUUAGAAUAUCAUCAGUUCGAGCCAGAAUCAUGAGGGCAUUCGACAUGGCACCAUGGCAUGUUAGCGGGCGCGUCGUAGGAGGCAACGGGCAACCGCUCGAGUCCAUUGCGCCUUCCUAAAAGACGCUGGCCAAUAGCACGCAACGCCGCCCCACGCUGUAAUGGACGUCUUCACCGUUCAGCAACCUCAACACUUUCGCGCCCACUCCCACGUC